AGCAGCUUGUUCUGAACCAGAAGACGGAAGAGAAACCUUUCCCAUGUUUUACAUGUAGAGAAAACUUCCUUAAAAAAGAACAUUUAAUGGAUCAAAUGAGAACUCACACAGACUUCCUUCAGGAUGAUGUUGGAAAAGAGGAGGAUUUCUCUGACCAGCAGCUCUGUGAACAGGAGAAGAAUUCCAGUUUGGACCAAGAGGAACCAGAAGCUCUGCAGAUAAAAGAAGAGCAGAAAGAACUAGAAAAUCCCUGGACAAAAGAGGAAACCAUGGAGCUCCCCAUUAGUAAGCAGGGAGAGCAGCUUGUUCUAAAGCAGGAGACUGAAGAUACAGGAGAUAAACCUUUCCCAUGCUUAACAUGGGGAAAAAACUUCAUAAAAAAAGAAAAUUUAAUGGAUCACAUGAUAAUUCACACAGGUGAGAAGCCUUUUGAAUCUCUGUCCUGUGUAAAAAUGUUCAAUGAGAAAUCUAAUCUUGAUACAUACAUCAGAAUUCAUCAAGGUGAGAAACCUUUCUCCUGUAUGAUUUGUAACAAGAAGUUUACUAAAAGGAGUUAUCUCACUUCUCACAUCAAAAUUCACACAGGUGAGAAGCCUUUCCCCUGUACCAGUUGUAACAAGAAGUUUACUAAAAGGAGUUUACUGGCUAUACACAUUAGAAUUCACACAGGUGAGACGCCUUUCUCCUGUACGUUUUGUAACAAGAAGUUUACUUCAAAGGGUAGAUUGGCUCGUCACAUGAAAAUUCACACAGGUGAGAAACUUUUCUCCUGUACCAUUUGUAACAAGAGCUUUACUGAAAAGAGUAAUUUGACUUCUCACCUGAGAAUUCACACAGGUGAGAGGCCUUUCUCUUGUACCAUUUGUAACAAGAGCUUUACUGAAAAGAACAAUUUGACUUCUCACCUGAGAAUUCACACAGGUGAGAGGCCUUUCUCCUGUACCAUUUGUAACAAGAAGUUUACUGCAAAGGGUAAAUUGACUCGUCAUAUGAGAAUUCACACAGGUGAGAAGCCUUUCUCCUGUACAAUUUGUAAUAAAAACUUUACCGAAAAAGGUAAAUUGACUCGUCACAUGAGAAUUCACACUGGUGAGAAGCUUUUUGAAUGUCUCUCUUGUAAAAAAAGCUUCACCUCUAAGUUUAGUAUUGAUAGACACAAGGGGAGAAGCCGUUGUCCUGAAUGAUUUGUGACAAAGGUUUCAAAUGAUAAGGUAAUUUCGGUUAUCAGAUGACAUUUAUUCAUGCAUGAUCUGUAAUGAUUUUUAUUUUUGAAUAAAAAAAAACAAAAAAAACAUUUGUUUCAAAUAAGUUACAGCAGUUAGACGCCACAGGAAUUAGCAGUAGAGGCGUUUUCCAUGUUUGACUGUUGAUAAAAUCUCUCUACAACCUCCUUCACCUCAUUAGAUGA